AUGAAGCGAGGUCUAGAGAUGGCAAGAAGCUACAAUGAUCACGAAAGCAGUCAAGAAACCGGACCGGAAUCACCAAAUUCUUCAACCUUCAACGCUGUUGUCUCUUCUCAUUCCCCUAAACGAAGGAGAUCCAUAGAGAAGAGAGUUGUGAACGUGCCGAUGAAAGAAAUGGAAGGAUCACGGCACAAAGGCGACACAACACCACCGUCAGAUUCAUGGGCCUGGCGUAAGUACGGCCAAAAGCCCAUUAAGGGAUCUCCAUACCCUAGAGGUUAUUACCGUUGUAGUAGCACAAAAGGUUGUCCGGCGAGGAAGCAAGUCGAGAGAAGCAGAGACGAUCCAACGAUGAUCCUCAUCACUUACACCUCUGAGCAUAACCAUCCUUGGCCUCUCACUUCUUCGUCUAGGAACGGACCCAAACCAAAACCCGAGCCCAAACUCGAACCUGAACCUGAAGUACCGGAGGUGGUGGAGCCGGAGGAAGAAGAUGAUAAUAAUAAGUUUAUGGUUCUUGGAAGAGAGAUCGAAACGACACCGUCUUGCGUCGUCGACGUCGACGAGUUCGCGUGGUUUAGUGAGAUGGAGACAACGUCUUCGACGAUUCUUGAGAGCCCGAUUUUCUCGUCCGAGAAAAAGACGGUUGUCUCGACGACGGGAGAUGACGUGGCGGUGUUUUUUCCGAUGGGUGAGGAGGAUGAGUCUUUGUUCGCCGAUCUCGGCGAGCUGCCUGAGUGUUCGGUGGUGUUCCGCCACCGGAGUAGCGUAGAGAUCUUUUGA